UUUUCCAACUCUCAAAACGCGAGAAACUUUUGGUGUGGACGGACGUUUCGUCGCCGCCGUCGUCGUCGCGUGGAGGUUUCAGUUGCUUGAAUUAGAGAAUUGUUAUUGUUUUCAUACAGGCCUUUGGGCUGAGAAGGCGGUGCUCAGAGGGUGCAUUUAAUACAUAUAGAGUAUCAUUGAAUAAAACACCGUUCUCUAAUUUUAAAGCGAAUCAAUGCAAGUCGCGUGUGUCUUCGUUCGGCAAAAAGAAAUAGUGCGAAAAAUCUCUUGAGUGACUUGUAUUUGCAUUUUGCAAUUUGCUUUUGUUUCGUUUUGGCGGCGCUGUCGUCGGCUGCUGUGCACGUAAAACAUAAAAACGAUUCUCAUUAAAAAUAAUAACAACAACAACAUUAACAUACCAAAAGAGUUGUACGUGUGCCAAUAUAUGUGUAUGGGAGUGUGUGUGCGCGCGGUUGAGUGUGGUAAUUUUUUCGUCGUUAUUACUUCAUAACAGAGCGCAAAGCUGCACUGCUGCUCUCACGCGCUCUCUCUCUCCUGCUGUCUCUGUCUCCGUUAUACGCUCUUAAGCUGUGUGUCGCUCUCGGCAGCAGCCGGCAGGCUCAACCGAAGAGGGUUGCAGCAGCAGCAGGAGCAGGAGCCACAGUUGUGACCACAACAAAAACUAAGUAGGAAAGCUUUGGCUAACACUCUUCACUCUCAAUUGCGCUCUGCCUCUGUACACCCUCUCACUCAACGGCUUAGCCACCAAAAGUCGGACAUUGGCGGAAUUUCAAUCGAGCUGCAAACAGUGAAGCGGACAGAAUGCAGCUGCUGCAGGUGCAACGGGCCGAAGUUGCAGCGGCGGUCUAAUUGAAGCCAGCCGCACCAGAAGCAGGACACGCUCAAAUGGCGUCAUUUGUAUGCGAAGCCACAACAAUUGAGAGAAUCACAAAAGUUGCUAACGAAACACACUCAACAAAGGAAAUGCAGCGCAGCAGCUAAACCCAAAAAAAAAUAAAAAAAUUAAAAUAAAUAAAAUAAAGGCAACCAGAGACAACAACAGGAAACAAGCAAACCAAAAGGGCCAACAGAAUGAUGAGCGCAGGCGGCACCUACAUAUCGACGGCCAGCGUGGAGGUGCCAAAGGCUCUGCAGGAUGGCGAGAAGUUCAUUAAGUGGGACGACGAUUCAGGCAGCGGGACACCGGUGACAAUGCGAGUGGAUGCCAAGGGCUUCUUUCUCUAUUGGGUUGAUCAAAACAAUGAGCUCGACAUUCUGGACAUUGCCACAAUUCGUGAUGUGCGCACAGGACAGUAUGCCAAAAAGCCAAAAGACGCCAAGUUGCGGCAGAUUGUGACGAUGGGGCCACAGGACACACUCGAGGAGAAGACCGUCACCAUUUGCCAUGGCUCCGAUUUUGUCAACAUGACAUUUGUCAACUUCUGCUGCACACGACGGGACAUUGCCCAGAUUUGGACGGACGGGCUCAUCAAAUUGGCCUACAGUCUGGCCCAGCUGAACGGCUCGGCGAUUAUGUUCCUGCAGAAGGCGCACACAAAGCUCUGCCUGCAGGUGGACAAAAGCGGACGCAUCCCAGUCAAAAACAUCAUUAAACUUUUUGCGCAAAAUAAAGAGGAUCGGAAACGUGUCGAGAAGGCGUUGGACGUGACCGGUCUGCCGUCGGGCAAGGUCGAUAGCAUAUCGGUGUCGAAAUUUCAAUUUGAGGACUUUUAUAAUUUGUACAAAUAUCUGACGCAGCGCUCCGAGGUGGAGCGGCUAUUCGAUAGCAUCGUGGGCAAUGCGAAGCGCAAAUGCAUGUCCGUAGCGCAGCUGGUGGAGUUCCUUAACAAAACGCAACGCGAUCCGCGCCUCAACGAGAUUCUCUAUCCCUAUGCGAAUAAUGCGCGCGCCAAGGAGCUCAUCCAGCAAUACGAGCCCAACAAGUUCAACGCGCAAAAGGGCCACCUUAGCUUGGAUGGCUUUUUGAGAUAUCUGAUGGGCGAUGAUAAUCCCAUAAUGGCGCCCAACAAGCUCGAUCUCUGCGAUGAUAUGGAUCAACCGAUGUCGCAUUACUUCAUCAACUCCUCGCACAACACCUACCUGACGGGUCAUCAGCUGACGGGCAAGUCAUCUGUGGAGAUAUACAGGCAAUGCCUGCUCGCCGGCUGCAGAUGCGUUGAGCUGGACUUUUGGAACGGACGCACCGAGGAGCCGGUAAUUGUGCACGGCUAUACGUUUGUGCCCGAAAUCUAUGCCAAGGACGUGCUGGAGGCCAUCGCGGAGAGCGCAUUUAAAACAUCCGAAUACCCUGUGAUAUUGAGCUUCGAGAAUCACUGCAAUCCCAGGCAACAGGCAAAGAUUGCGAACUAUUGCCGUGAGAUCUUUGGCGAUAUGCUGUUGGAUAAGCCGCUCGAUUCGCAUCCGCUGGAGCCGAAUGUGGACUUGCCGCCGCCCUCUGCGCUGCGGCGCAAGAUCAUCAUCAAAAACAAGAAGAAGCAUCAUCACCAUCAUCAUCAUCAUCACAAGAAGCCAUCGUCGGCAAUGGGACAGGGCACACCAGCUGGCGGCAAUAAACUAACGACGGCGAACUCAGUUGAUGCCGCUGCCAAGGCCGCAACAGCGGCAGCAGCCGCUGCCAAUGCUCAACAAGUGGCUGCCGCUGCGCAGGACGAGGCUGGCGCUGGAGCCGGACGGACACUGACAGGCGCCGCAAAUGGUGACAUUGUGAGCGGUGCUGGCGGAGGACAUGCGCCGCCAUUGCAACAAAUCCGCCAGAGCUCAAAGGAUAGCACCGGCUCCUCGGACUCGGACAGCUCUAGCGAUGAUGAAUCCCUGCCCAACACAACGCCCAGUCUGCCCAGCGGCAAUGAGCCGCCGCCGGACAAGGCCCAGAAGGAGACGGAAGCAGGUGCCGAGAUCUCAGCGCUGGUGAACUACGUGCAGCCCAUACACUUCAGCUCCUUUGAGAAUGCCGAGAAGAAGAACCGCUGCUACGAGAUGUCCUCGUUCGAUGAGAAGCAGGCGACAACUUUGCUGAAGGAGCGACCCAUUGAGUUUGUCAACUACAACAAGCACCAGUUGUCCCGGGUGUAUCCGGCGGGCACGCGCUUCGACAGCUCCAACUUCAUGCCGCAGCUGUUCUGGAACGCUGGCUGCCAGCUGGUGGCGCUGAACUUUCAGACCCUGGACCUGGCCAUGCAGCUGAAUCUGGGCAUCUUCGAGUACAACGCACGCUGCGGUUAUUUGCUGAAGCCGGAGUUCAUGCGGCGCUCCGAUCGCCGGCUCGAUCCGUUCGCCGAGAGCACCGUCGAUGGCAUCAUCGCUGGCACCGUGUCCAUCACCGUGCUCUCCGGCCAGUUUCUGACGGACAAGCGCGUGAACACCUUCGUCGAGGUGGACAUGUACGGCCUGCCGGCGGACACCGUGCGCAAGAAGUUCCGCACCAAGACGGUGCGCGACAACGGCAUGAAUCCCUUCUACGACGAGGAGCCGUUCGUCUUCAAGAAGGUGGUCCUGCCGGAGCUGGCCAGCAUACGGCUCGCUGCCUACGAGGAGGGCGGCAAGCUAAUUGGCCACCGGGUGCUGCCCGUGAUUGGCCUCUGUCCGGGCUAUCGGCAUGUGAAUCUGCGCUCUGAGGUGGGCCAGCCCAUUGGGCUCGCCUCGCUAUUCCUGUGCGUCGUCGUCAAGGACUAUGUGCCCGACGAUCUGUCCAAUUUCGCCGAGGCUCUGGCCAAUCCCAUCAAGUACCAGAGCGAGCUGGAGAAGCGCGACAUUCAGCUCUCGGUGCUGACAGAUGAGACGGAUGCGGUGGCCAAUGCCGACGAGGAUCUGUCCAAGUCAUUCGUUUUCGUCCAAGUAGGUGGCCAAAAAAAGGAACUGCGUCCAGUUGAGUCGCUAGCCACCUCGCCCAAGCAUCGGGCGAGCAUAUCCAUAAUAACCUCCAGCAGCGUGGAGCAGCCGACGGAUCGGCCCGACGGUGGACGCAACGAUGACAAUGUCUCGAUUGUGACAUCGGGCAUACAGCAUCAGCACUCGCUGGACCAGUCGGUGAGCACGUCCAUCAGGCAGGUGGAGUCCUCACAGUUCGAUGUGGACCUGGUGAUAGCCGAGCCGCUGGAGAAGAUACUCGAGCACAAGUCGGUGCGCGAGAAGCGGCUGGAGAUGGAGAAGAAGCUGGAGUCGUUGCGCAAAAAGCACGACAAGGAGAAACUGAAGAUCGCCGGCCAGAAGCUCAGCCCCCUCGACGGGGGCAAGAAGCCCAAGUUCACCAUCACCAACAAGCUGGUGAAGCGUCUCAGCAACAAGAGCCUUAAUUGCCUCUCUCCGUACAGUGAGCCGGGCGUCGAGGUGCCGCCGUGCCCGCUCGAUCUGGGCGACAGCAGCGAGGGAAGCGCCGGCGCCGGGGAGCUGGGCGACGAGGCCGCCUCCAGCAGCCUGGAGGGCACACAGGAGUCGCGUCUGCGCUACGCCUGCCGCGAGUACACCACACAGUAUCGCGAGCUGCAGGAGAAGUAUCACGAGGCCAUCUACUCGGCCGCCGAGAAGGUGCUGAAGAACUCGCAGGCCAGCCAAACCAAACAGCUGAAGGCCUCCCUCGACAAGGUCACCGGCGAGGUGAUGCACCAGCUGCAGGAAGCGCGACGCAAUGAGGUCAAGAAUCUGGCCACGGUGCACAGAGAUCGCGAUGAGCUGGUCAGAAUGAAGCGAGAGGUGGCCAGCUCUGUGGUGGAGCGCGGCGUGGCUGAGCGCAUGCGGCUCAAGCAAACAUUCGACAAGCGCACGGAUGAGCUGCAGAAGCAGCACGAGGCGGUGCGCAAUGCUCUAGCCGAGCAUCGGCUGAAGGCACGUCAAAUACUCGACAAGGAUGCAGAAUCUCGUUGCUGCGUCUCGAACAGUGGCUUCCUGGUGCUCUUCCAUGGACCGCAUCAUCACGGCUGCUCGUCCGGCGGAGCGGGAUCAAGCGCCGCUGCUAGCAGUCUGUCGGCGCCCAGCUCUGGCAAUAAUCUCACAUUGAAUUUGGAUGGCAGGGGAGCGAUGGGCAGUGGAGCCGCUGGACUGGCCAUAUCGCCGGCCAAGUCGCACAACAGCAUUACGGCGGAGAUGAAGACAUAAAAUGCACGACAACAAUAAAGAAGGAAAAAACAGAAAAAAAUACAAAUAAAAUACGAUCGAAAAGUAGCACAAGUUCUUCAGUUUUCAGUAUUCGCGGCAGUUGUGUUAAAAAAAAAAAAAAAAAAAAAUGGAAAAAUGGAAAACAAAAUAAAGUCUUCGUAGCGUUUAGUUUAAUAGAUCUAAAAAUUAACUGUAAACUGUAUACUGUAAACUGUAAACUGUAACU